AUGCGUGGAAGGCUUGUUAUGGAGGGGUCGGUGGGCGUAUGCCUUUUUAGUGGCUGGCGUGCCCCUGAAGAAAUGUUGAUAACAAAUACUGGAAUGCUGCUGGAAUAUCUGAUCAAAUUUGAGCUUUGUGUGUAUGUCUGCAAUGUAGUCGUGAAUGUGGGUGGCUCCAUGAGCGGGUCCGCCGCUCAAACAUUCCAUGGCUCGCAUUUGACAUACCUUAUCAUCUUACUUUCUUCAAACAAUGGUACUAUGCGCAAUAAGAGUGUUUUGGUCACUUUGCUAACGAACGUACAACAGUACUUUUACGGAUUUUGGGAACCCAAGUUUCUCUCUGGUGCCGCACAAGCCGACCAAGGUUCAUCUCCUGCCCCGAUGGAACCCAGGUUCUCUGAGACGUCCACCUCGGUCUCUACUCGUCAUCAGAGCACUUUGGUAAGUGUAGCGCGAGGCAAGUAUUUGCGACGCACACGACUGACUUGCAUUCCAGGGCAAAUCGUGCAAGGUGCCAUACCGCGCAAAAAUGGUCCAUAG